CUGAAACAGAAGCUGCGGUAUUUAUGAACACAGCAUCCUACUGACAUUUCUAUAUAUUGAUGAGUGUGACUUCACAGGGUGAAGGGAGUACGUUGGGACGCCUCUAGACGACUGACAGUAACGGGAAACAUGACAGGAACGAGGCUGGGUUCUGAUUGGGUAAAACUGCCUCUCUGAUACCUCUGCCAUCCAGCAAGACAGCAAGGUCACUCGAAGGUCACAGAACAAGUGUGGCGGACAGACAGACGAACAGAUUGACAGAGAUGGCCUGGAGCGUCAACUUCCACCUUGACCUCCCAGAAGCCGAGGAAGGACAGCAAGCCCUGGACUUCUCUCCACACGAUGAGAACAUCGUCCACGACUCCUUCAAUGAGCUGAUCGAGGAGCAGAGCAACAACCAGGAUGGGUCUGAGGUCUUCGAGAUGGAAGACAUGGCCGGCAGGGGGAGAGAAAACCUAGCCUUCCUGGCAUCUCCACAGCACAGCCGCAGCAACAGGGAAUACUUCUCCCCUAUCACCCUGAGAGUGCUGUCAGCCAUGCCGAGCCGCACCAUCGGCCGCAAUCGCGGAGCAAUCAUCUCACAGUACUACAACCGCACGAUGAAACUGCGACACCAACGAAGCCGGCCCUCCAUCUGGGCCCUGUCCCGCUCCGCCCCGCCCAGUAUCUCUGGAUACCGAGUGGAGACGGACGUGGAGGCAGCAAGGGAGGAAGAAAACCUGUUCCACAACCUGCAGAACCUCUCUGUGAGCGAUAGGGGGCGCAUGCUGAAAACCAUGCCCCUCAGCCUGCAGGAGAAGAAGAAUCUGAGACAUGCCCGCAAUUCGAAGGGGUUUCCCCACUCCAGGAACCAGAUACCCUGCUGCAGUCAGCUCAAGUACUACCUCAUCAUCGGUUUUCGUCACAGCUGGUACAGCUUGCUCUCCUUCCUGUACUCUCUGCAGCUGUGGCACGUGGCCAUGAAGAAGGUGAGCGGGCGCUUCGGCACCGGCGUCCUCUCCUACUUCGUCUUCCUCAAGACGCUGCUGCUCUUCAAUGUCUUCCUCCUCCUCGUCAACGUCUUCUUCCUCGCCGUCCCGCAGGCAGCCCACCCGCCCAGCAACCAGACCCACCGCGCCUCCUUCAAGGGGCUGGAGCUGCUCACCGGGGCUGGCUAUUUCACAGACACAGUCAUGUACUAUGGUUACUACACCAACUCCACUGUGAACGGCUGCGGUCCGGCUCUCAAUGGCUCGGGGUGCGCCAUGGGUCAGAACAGCUUGGACACUAACCCCCGCAUGCCGUACAACAUUCCCCUUGCGUACUUCUUUACCAUCGGGGUCUCCUUCUUCAUCACCUGCAUCAUCCUGGUCUACAGCAUGUCCAAGUCCUUAGGGCAGAGCUAUCGCAUUGACAACCCUCACGGUGACCUCGCCAUGAAGAUGUUCUGUUCCUGGGACUUCAAAGUGAUUAAGAAGAGCUCUGUGAAGCUCCAGUGUGAGAAUAUCUGCACACAAAUGAAGGAGCUGCUGUCUGAGCUGGCACGGGCAUCGAGACAGCAGACUCUACUACAGAGGCUGGCAAAGAUGACGGUGCACUUGCUGGCCUGGGUCAUGUCUCUGGGGAGCACCGUGGGGUGUGCCAUGGGCGUCUACCUCUUCUCCACAUAUAUGCACAAGGACCUGACCAUGAGAGUGUCUCAUAACGAGUCCCUGAUCCACAUGGAGGCGAGCCUGCUGGCCCUGCCGGUUGUGGUGUCCACAGUGAACCUGCUUAUGUCAGGCCUCUUCAACGCGGUCGCGUGGAUGGAACAGUACGAUGCACCCAGCACACAGGCCUACGUCGCCAUCUGCAGGAACUUGCUGCUGAAGAUAUCUGUGCUGGGAGUCCUGUGUUACCACUGGCUAGGAACAACCAUCAUUGGCCAUGUGACUCUGUCAAAACAGGUUAGGCAGAAUGGCUCUACUGGGGGACUGGAGUGCUGGGAGACCUUUGUGGGCCAGGAGCUGUAUCGCUUCUUGCUGAUGGAUUUCAUCUUUACAGUUUUGGACACCAUCUUAGGGGAGUUUGUCUGGAGGUUAUUUUCUCAGAAAGUGCUCAAGAGGAAAAGGAAGCCUGUGUUUGAUAUCGCCAGGAAUGUGCUGGAGCUCAUAUACGGACAGACUCUCGCCUGGCUAGGAGUGCUCUUCUCACCAUUGCUUCCUGCUGUCCAGAUUAUUAAACUGGUUAUUUUAUUUUACAUUAAAAGGACCAGCCUGAUGAUGAACUGCCAGGCUCCCAGCAAGCCUUGGAGAGCCAGUCAGAUGACCACCAUCUUCAUCACCCUCCUGUGCUUCCCAUCAUUCCUAGGGGUGGCUGUGGCUGUCACCUACACCAUUUGGACAAUAAAGCCCUCGGAGGGGUGCGGGCCCUUCAGGACGCUGAACACCAUGUUCGAGUCGGGGAAGAUCUGGGUUCGACAGCUGGAGGAAAUGAAUUCCAAUUUCUCCUGGUUCACCUGGAUUCAUAAGUACCUGGUGGAGAACCCCUUCUUCCUGUUCGCUGCUGCCGGCGUCCUCUUAAUUUUGAUUUAUUUCCACACGCAGGUUGUCGGUGGACAGAGGAAAAUAAUCUCUUUGUUACAAGAGCAAAUCGAUAACGAGGGAGAGGACAAGAAAUUCCUGAUCACUCGCCUGCAGGAUAUUUACGAGAAGGAGCGGCCCGUUUCCGUGAGGUUUAAACAAAGGGAGAGAAGGGAUGACAGUCGGAAGGUAGAUGGACUAAUUGGAAUUAAAAUAUGAAAUCACGCUGGCACCAUGGACUGCACUUUAGCUGCAUGAUAUACUGUAGAAAAUAAAGACGGCUCCACCCAAUCUCGCGUUGAUGCAGCCUUCUCCAGUACCACACUGAUAUGUUUCAUUAGCUAUGAGGUAUAGCAAGAAAUGGACUGCAAUAAGAGGUCACAACCUGUACAGGGCGUGUGACGUUUCUGAGGUCUGGAUCUGAAGAUAAGAAGCCAGGUGUUUUUAAUGGUUUUAAUGGUAUUUCUGUAAAUAAUGGUCUUUUAUAUGUGUUUUAUUGGCAUGUUUAUUAUAACAUUGGAAUUGACUGUGGUGUUUUUUUUGUAAUGCUCAAACUGUGAUAUGUUGUAUACAAAUUUAAAAAAUAUGUGAACACAACCAAUCGGGAGGCUGGGGGGUAUGUAAUUAAUUCAAAUGUAAUUAAUUACCCUGUGUAGGAUUCUUCUAUAGUCCUAACCCUGUUUGACUUUAGGAUGAAAUAAAAACUCAAGUUAUUUAUUUUUUUAAA